GCGUCGCCAAACCAAUCAUCGUCCGGUUGUUCAACAAAUGUUGAUAAUACGACGAUAACGACAUCAGGAAGUGGAACAACCUCAGCGGUAUUCCCUCAACACCAACAACAACAGCAAAAACAAUUAAGCGCAAGCGAAAUAAAGGCUGCAAAAAUUCGUGAAGCGUUAGAGAAGAUGCGUGAAGCGGACAUCAAAAAGUUAUACGUGAAGUUCUUUUUGGAUGACGGUACAUCGACGGUGUCGAUAUUGGUUGAUGAACGAUGGAAAGUUGCUGACGUUAUGAAGCAUAUAGCUGAUAAAGCCAAAGUGACACUCACACAACAGCAUGCAAUCGUCGAAGAAUAUCCUGAACUUUUUAUCAAGCGAAUCUAUGAAGACAACGAAUAUUUGGUAGAGAAUAUAAUGAUGUGGACGUUGAAUUCACAAAAUAAAUUGUAUUUCACUCGUCGACCGGAUAAAUACGAUUUCAUGGACCGACCUGAAGAGUAUUUAUUGACUGAACGAAAUAUCGAUGUGAUCAAUAAAGGCCCUCCAUCACCAGACACGAAGCGACGUAUUGUUAAGGAAUUCUUCGAAAACGAUAGCGUACAACCGCCAGAGAUAGAAGGAUGGUUGUUGCUGAAAUCGGACGGUAAAAAGUCGUGGAAGAAGCACUUCUUUGUGUUGCGAUCGUCAGGUCUUUACUACUGCACUAAAGGAAAGAGUCGAAGUUCAAAAGACUUGCAAUGCUUAAUGACACUGCAAACGAAUCAGCAUCCCAAAAUCCAAGUCAAGGCAUCAAAGUAUAUCAAAUACGUUUGCGCAGAAGAUGCAGUGACGUUCCACAAAUGGAUGGUUGCACUGAGAAUUGCUAAAAAUGGUCGUCAGCUGUACGAUAACUACUGGGAUUGGCGAAGGCGUUUAGAAAAUCCAACGGUACAGCCGAUGAAAGUAGAUAUCCCGCAGGUGUCAGCACCCGAAUGUCACCGACUCUCAACAAUUGAACUGCGGAAGAAUCAGAUGUCACGUCAAGAUCCAGUACCACUGCUGAAUUUGAAUCGUGAUUUGAAAAGUCCUGCAUCAAUGAGCUCAAGAAGGUCGACCACAAGUACCAUCAAUAAUGACACGUGUUCAUCCAGUCAUAACAGCAUUGUUUUUGAUCAGAGUGAUGAUAUAAUGACCGGUACAAUAAAACGAGCACCUUGCGACAUUCAACAAAUCCAAACUCGACGCCAAUCCUCUCAAGCUGAGAUGUACACCGGAUCGGGUAGUGGGUCAACGUCCGUCAAUAGCGCUCCGGAUGUGACUGCUGACAGUGAUAGUGACGAAGAGCAAUUCCCACCCCCACCACCUACCGUACUGCCGAACAGUUAUCAUGAUGAAGCAUCCGCUCAUAAAAUACCUUCAUCAGGUGUGUACCAGCCUACGGCAAUAAGCGAUGUGGCAUUAUUGGCCAAUCGAGUGAAUAAUAACAAUAAUAAUAUCGACAAUCACAACCAAAUAAACGCUACAGCUAUGUAUGCAUCCAGCAUAAAACAGUCCCAUGUGCCAAUACCGCCUACGAAACCGAAUUUACCUAAUGCAAAUUUCAAGAAGACCUAUAGUGAGAGUAAAGUGAAUGGUAUGCCCUCAACAGCGCCCGUAAUGAAGAGUGCUGUCACACCGAAGAAAAUGCCUCCCCCUCCACCACCAAAGCGAUCUGAUACAACAAGAUUGCAACACCCUACUGCAACUGCUGACGCCUUACAUAGUGAACUGGAGAUGGUGAUGGCAAGACGGUUGCAACGUAUAGAACAACAUUGA